AUGCCACUGGCUCAGUCAUUCCCCAAACCCAUUGACUCCAAGCCCCUGCUAUCUCAGAGAGAAACCCCUCCAUCAGGAACCCUGCAGCAGCGCGGGGAUCGACGCCCACUGAGCGAGCCUUUUGAUUGGGCCGAGGCCCCGCACUACGACAACACAGGAUUUGAUGCUGAGGAGUCUCCUAUGGACCCUUCAUCAACCAGUCAGGGAAACCCCCCGCUGGGCUCCAAACCCCGCAGCCAGUCAGCACACGGGCGGCGCCCCCUCCUCAGGCAGGAGCGGAUCGUAGGGGUUCCUCUGGAGCUGGACACUCAGACGCUCCCCUUCCACGGCAACCAACGCUCCACUCCGGACAAUGACCAACAAUCAUCCGGACAUUCUUCCCAGAAUCCCUGGCAGAACUGGACUAGAACCCCCAGUCCCCUGGAGGACCGAACCGCUUUUCCCUCCAAACUGGACCUUACGCCCACAUCCAGUCCUAACCCUGAUCGCAAGGAUAUUGACCAAAGGCUGGAACAAGGUGCAGGGCCUUUGCCCGGCAGCUGGACGUACCACGACAAUCAAGGGGAUCAGAACAGGAAGGAUCAGCUAAGUGUUAGCGGGGGCAACAAGGUCACCGUAGUGAUGAGUAAAAGCUCGGACCGCCUGUCCCCCAUGAUGAGGGAGACGAGAUCUAAGUUUAAGAAGUCACAGAGUAUCGAUGAGAUUGACAUUGGCUCUUACAAGGUCUACAGCAUUCCUGUGGACAGCUACAGUACCUCAAUUGAACAACAGACUAGUUUGGACCGUCAAGAGUUUGUCGGGUCAAUGGAGCAGACCAACAUGUCACGGUCACAGUCCGCCCCCAUGUUAGACGAUGACCUGAUCUUCCCAGGACACGGCGGCAGCAACCAGUCGGGACAGAACCAGAAACCUGCCAUCCCACAUAAGGCCUAUCACUUCGACCACAACUACAACCCCCAGGUGACCAUAGACCGCCGGGUCCCUCCCCCCUUCCCCAACACACCAGAUUAUGUCAACCACUCAUCGAAAGCCUUGGAGUACAUCAAUCAACCGGGGAAGACAUUACCAAAGGAGCUGGUGAGCCCUCGGUAUCGGGCGUAUCCACCACUGGAGAUGUUUUCUUUCCCCCAAUCACCAAUCAAUCCGGAUGGUCCGCCCAGCCAGCAUCAGCAGCCAAUCCCGUCACAGCGCUCCAGGCCAGGGUUUUUGAGAAGAGCAGAUUCAUUGGUGAGCUCCACAGAGCUUGCUUUGUUCCGCAGAGUCCAUGAAGCCCAACAGGAGGCGCUGCAGGAAGCUCAGUAUAGACAGCAGGCUGACCCCCCUCUUUAUGGUCGGGCUCUGGCCUACUCCUCCCCCAUGGAGCACUCUGCUAUCUCCAACAUGUCCGACAGCCAGAGCCAGAUGAUGCACAAUAAGAGAAACGGCCGCUACGAUGACGACUAUACAACUUACCAGGAACAAAAGAAGCCCAUGAUUGGUUACCCAACAAAGAGCCUUACUCAGCGCCGCCCCCUGUCAGCCAGGAGCUACAGCACUGAGACUUAUGGAGCAUCUCAGGCCCGUCCAGUGUCAGCUCGUCCCACCAUGGCUGCCCUGCUAGAGAAAAUGCCCCCUGACUACACUCUGGCAACCUGCCCAGAGAAACCAUCUGAAGACACCAUCAAAGUAAGACCUGGCGUACCACAGAAGCCUGAAGACAUCACCUCCAGGAUGCCUGCCGAUUGGAGGCAACAGCUACUUAGGCACAUAGAGGCCAAACGAUUGGACAGGAGCCCCUCUCAGCAGGCUGCCAUGCUGGAUAAUGACCAGGAGGGAUUGUCAGGGAGCAACCAGUGGGCUCCAUACUCACUUGGCCGGAGGGAUGUCCCACCUGACAACCUCAUGAAAAAGAGUGCCCACUCCCACAACACUCCCCACCAAUCACACAACACCAUGAUUGUCGCCUCCUCUACCUCCUCCUCGUCCACUACACCUCAUCGUGUGGUUGUGCAGCAGGGCUACGACGGGAUGAUGAACAAAGGGGGACAAUACCAACCUGCGAUGCCCUUGUCAGUGGUUCCUUCUGGACAGUAUCAAGUUAACAUGACUCAAGGCCAUCCUGUUCCUGGACAGGGUUACCCCGGUGGCGGCAUGUCCAUGGCUCUGUCCCCGUCUGGGAACCAACCCCAGUACAACCCCCACUCCUCCCACACAUCCCAUCAGCCCGCCACCAACCCCCAGUACCAUGGCAACCAGGGCAUGGUCCACGGCAACCAGGGCAUGGUCCACGGCAACCAGGGCAUGGUCCACAGCAACCAGGGCAUCGUCCACGGAAACCAGGGCAUGGUCCACGGCAACCAGGGCAUGGUCCACGGCAACCAGGGCAUGGUCCACAGCAACCAAGUCAUGGUGCAUAGCAACCAGGGCAUGGUACACAGCAACCAGGGAAUGGUGCAUAGCAACCAGGGGAUGGUCCACACCAAUCAGGGCAUGGUCCAUAGCAACCAGGCUGUCAUGACCCACACCAACCCGCGGCCUCAGAGCGCUCGCUGCCUGUUGCAGACUAAAGGCCAGAAGAGCACGGAUGGUUUCCAGGAACAGUUGUGUGUGAGAAUAGAGAAGAACCCUGGUCUUGGUUUCAGUAUCUCUGGUGGCAUCAGCGGCCAGGGGAACCCCUUCAAACCCUCUGACAUGGGUAUCUUUGUUACUAGGGUACAGCAUGACGGGCCCGCCACCUCCGCCCUGCAGCCCGGAGACAAGAUUCUGCAGGCUAACGGACAUAGUUUUGUACACAUGGAGCACGAGACAGCCGUCUCUCUGCUGAAGAGUUUCCAGCCAACUGUGGACUUGGUGGUUCUGAGAGAAGAAUAGUUUUAUAACAAACAAACACAACAGCAACGCUUCUCUACUCUGCUCAUCGCCAUCCCAUGCCAUCCCACCUGCCCUCCGCUGGAGGCUUGUGGAACUGAAAAAUGAGCCGCCUUUUUUACCUUUUUAGGGGAACACAGACAUUUAUUUGCCUAUUGCUGGACCAAAGGCAAAUACUAGUGCCAAAUGUACCAUAGGAAACAUAUCGACUCCUCUGUCUACCGGCAGUCAGGGAUCUGAUUGACGGCUGGACAGACCACAAGAAGACACUUUGAGUUCCUACAGGGCUGCUGCAGUUUGGAUUUUGUGGUUUGUUAUAGGCAUCUCAUUAUUCAGUGUCUACGUUUUUUUUUUUUUUUUGCUUUUCUCCACUGCCAUUAAUUUAGCUGUCCACGGUAGAUUUUUGUUUGGUGUAGCACAUGAUCCACUUUCCUUGUUCUUCAAUGUUCUCUUUGCUUUCUGUUCUAUCUUUUGUUUUCUGUUGGUUCUCUUUCUUCUCUUAUCUUCUUUUGUUUUCAUUCUUUUCAGCUGUCUUCUGUUCUGUUUUGCAGGUAUUAUUUCCUCCAGUAUACAGAAAACUUGUCUGCCUUGUGUACAUAUAUAAAGCUGCAGCUUUCAAGAGCUGCACUUUCCUUGGGGCCUGGAACGACAGCUCUUAAAAGUUUAGGAUUAAUAUAAAUAUUGUUGAUAAACCAUAUUCUGAAUCCUCUCUUAUGAUCAUACAGGGAUUAUUUCUCCAAAUGGACAAUUUUUUAAUAUACCACUGAUUUUUUUUAUGUAAAGAAAACACUGUUGAUAGUUCAUUACUGCUACUCCUUUUCUUUAUUUCUUUUUUGUAAGUGUUGCUUGCACACCUAUGCUGAAAAAAGCUUAAGCAAUACUCCUGAGGCUUGGCCCAUUGACAUUUUCAGCAGAGCCUAACUUGUCCCACAGUGCCAUCUACCAAGCAAGUCAUGCUAAUGUUUACAUACACUGCCAUGCACAUGAGCUAACAGGCGAAACACACAUAUACAGUAAACUUAUGUGCCCCCAUACACAACACAUAUGCAAUGGUGCUCAGUGCACUAUUCGUAAUGAAGCCCUGUCUAUACUCGAGACUAAUUUUACAAUCAAUCUCUGUAAUAAAACCAGUCAAACUCAAACACUGUAACAUUAAUCAUAUUUUGAAGACAUGUUUUCUAGUAUUGUUACAGCAAUGUUACAUCAUAUUUUAGCUGUUUGAGUUGUAUGAUAAAAUCCCAGCAUGCUCUUCAUAUCAUUGGUCACUGUCAGCCAGCCAUAUUCUGUUGGCUUCUAGAGAUCUCUUCUCUGUAGGAGACUCUAGAUGUAUUAUAGCACUGAGUUUCAGUGAGACUGAUAUUCUAUCCUUUGUGCCAAAUGGACCCUCUGCCCCUCUCUGGUUGUAUUAACACAGGCCUGAAACAUCAGAGCUUUACCUCUUUGUGGCCCAGAUCUGAUCGGAUCACAGUGAGUAAGGACACUGUUAGUUUUUUUUAACAUUUGGCCUGGUAUUCAAAUCCAAGCAUCCACUCUGCUGAGUCCUGACCUCUGGCCUCCCUGAAGAAAGCAACAAGAGUCAGUAUUAAUACCAUCUUAAUGGGUAAAUCUGCAGCAAAUCAGAUUUAACAAUCAGGGGAAGAUCUGAUCUGUGCCGCAAAGGCUUUUGGCUACACCUUAAAUUUAAGUUUGAGAAUCGGAUGAGAUGCUAGUUAUCACUAGGUGAACAUGGGAAUUUGGAUCUGCCAACUUAGAUGGUGAAUGUUCAAUUUAUGUGUAGGUAGGAAGAGAAAUAAUGUUGACUGUGUUGAUAUAGAAGACAUGUUUCUGGAGCAAGAAAGCUCUGUCCUUCAUGUUCAUGCUUCAGACCCCGAAUAGACAUGACAGAAUUGAACGCAGGUUUAAAAAAAAAAAAAGUUAGAGGUUAAUUUCCUGUCUUUGUGUGAAUGCAACACAUUUCUUGAAGACGUUUCAUGACAGUGAGUUUUGUUUUGUUCUGUAUAACAUCUAAUGUUUCAUCCAGAGCAAAACAACAUACAUCACUGUUGUUUGCUUUUACUUGAUGUGACAGUGUCAUCCUGUGGCCAUUUUGUGUCAACCCUCUUAAUAAGCGUUAGAAUUUAGUUAAUUCAAUUUAAGGGACACAAAAUGGCACAGUGAAGUCCUGUGGGUUAAGAGACUUAAUCUUAACCCCAGGUACCCACCCGAUCCUAUUUAAAGAUAUUGUGAUGAGAACAGAGAAAAAAGUUUGAUAAUAUAAUUAUUUUUUACUACAUGUUCAGGUAAUUCUUUCUAAAUAUAUUGAUAUACCUUAGCUUUGCUCAAAAAUUGUGAUAUUUUAUAAUAAUGACACUUAUAACAAUGGAUGGAAGUACGCACAGUAUGACUUGGAGACCUACACAUGUACUAUCCAAAGCUGUAUAAAAUGUAUUUCUACUGUAAUUGUGAAUUUGUGUUAUACAAAUAUAUAUUAUAUAUAUAUGUAUAUGACUAUAAAAAAAAAGUCAUUUUCUAUGUGUUUAAACUUCAUAAGAGCUGAACAAAUGGGCGGUGUCACUGUACAUAGCUGUGAAUGAAAUCCAAUUGAAAUGACUCAUAUUGAUUGUGAAUGUACUCAUGCUUUCUGCAGUACCUACCCAGUACACCUACCCAACUUGAAUGCUGCUUCUUCUGUUGUGUGACAAAAAGUACUUUGACCUCCGAAGAGAGAACUGCUGUCGAGUUUUAAGUUGGACAAAUUUUAGUGACGAUUUAACAGAACUAUUUAUUUAUUUAUUUAUUUAUUUGCACAUGCAAGUUGAAAUCCUUCCAGUUUUAAGUUUGAGUAUUAAUGCGGAGAAAUGUAAUUGCAGAAGUAUAUAUAAUAUAUAUCAUGUGUUUAGAAUGCAUUUUGCAGACGCUAUCUGUACAUACUAUUUAA